AUGAUUCACUCGGCAACAGCAACGCGUACGCUUCGAGUCACUCACUCCCUUUUGCAAAGCGUCGCCGUCGGAGCUGGAGGCUUUGUUCGUGUUUGCGCUGGUUCCAUUGUUCAAGUCCCAAAGGACAUUUGCAUCCCCGUACCUACACAUGUGAUCCCUUCUCAACUCGUGAUUGCAGGCGCUCAGCUUAUCGCUGACCGUCUUUUGUCUCUCACCUCCCGAGGAAGCACGCUGAUAAUCAACGAGGCCGAUCUCAUCGUUCAGACGGCGAUUCGCACGAAAGCCUCCACCAAAAAUAUCCAGGUCGUGUGCGUCACGUCCAGUACCACCAAGAGUCAAAUCAAUCAAUGUGUGUACCUUGACCCCAGCUCGCCAGUUCAUGUUGUUCAAUCUUUGGUGGGAAAUUGCUCCGUGUUUGUGCACUUCUCGCGCGGCGCAGCUUCCGACACUGUACGUGAUCUAAUUGUGGCAAACCUGUCUUCGUCUUGUCUCGAAAUAAGCGAGGAGAUGUUGGUCAGUCAUAAGGUUGAUACGCUGUCAUCUCUAGGCGAUUUGGCCAGCGUACUUGAGGAAUCAUUCUCUGACGAUACUCUUGACCUUCCAUCGGUUGAAGUACUUGACCUAGCUGAUGUUACUUCGCACAAGGCAAUUGGGGAGACCUUGGCUGUGGUAGACUGGGCGAACUCUCAGUCUGCGCUGGCUAUGGUGCAGUCCAUUGACUCCCAGCCAAUCUUCAGAAGCGACCGAUCCUAUCUCUUUGUCGGCAUGGCUGGCGAACUUGGCCAAUCACUGGCCGGGUGGAUGAUCGCUCACGGAGCCCGCUUCAUCGUUCUCACAAGCCGUAGACCUACAGUCAACGCUCGGUUUGUUGACGACAUGUCUACUCGAUACGAAGCGGUUGUCAAAACGCUUCCGUUGGAGAUCACCUCUCCAGAAUCGCUGCAGUCCGUGCUUGCUUCGAUGGCCGCAGCACUUCCGCCCAUCGCUGGUGUUAUAAACGGAGCCAUGGUUUUGGAUGACGAACUCUUUGCGAACAUGUCAUUCGAACAGUUUUCCCGGGUGACGAAACCCAAGGUUCUGGGAACGCAACUUCUUGAUGAAGCUUUCCAUAAAACCGAUCUCGAGUUUUUUAUCGUCGCCUCCAGUAUCUCGUCGGUCAUCGGGUGGAGUGGACAAAGUAACUACUCGGCCGCCAAUGAGUUCAUGACCUCACUCGUAAACAAACGACGCAAGCGCGGUGUGGCAGGAUCGACAAUGAACAUUCCUGCGGUUCUUGGCGUGGGAUAUGCUGCACACUCUGAAACAUUCGAUUUCGAUUACUUCCAAUCACUCGGUUACAUCAAUAUCAGUGAACAUGACCUGCAGGUUCUCUUUGCAGAAACCAUUCUCACUGGACGACCUGGCCAGGCAGAUGAUUCUCCUUCCCAGGUUGUGAUGGGCAUCGACCACGUCCCUAAGGAUUUGCAAGUCACUGAUGCUCAUCGCCGUGAUGUGAAAUUCAGUAUUUUCGUUCUCAACAAAGAUACCGAUUCCGAGGUCCAAGCACAUGAAGCAGCUGUUCGCGUGCGUGUUCAGUUGCAGUCAGUCAAGACCGCUGAUGAAGCCUAUUCAGUCACUCGGGAUGCGUUCAUUGGUUAUCUCAAGCGUAUUCUUCGCAGGGCAGUGGACGAAAUAAUUGAGGAUUCAAUGACAUUAGUCGAGCAGGGAGUUGAUUCCCUGGUUGCUGUUGACAUCCGAGCUUGGUUCCUGAAAGAGCUGGAGGCUGAUGUCCCGACCCUCAAGGUCAUGAGCGGUGGAUCUAUCUCCGAGCUGGUGAAAACAGGCCUUGCAAAGAUGUCAAGUCUGGAAGACAGUGUCCCCUCAGAGCCUGUGAUGCCUUCUGAGAACAACGCGCAACUUCCACGAAUAAUUCCUCGGGAAGAAGGCUCACGGCCCACUCCCGAAACCCAUACUCGGUCUUCGUCGCCUCAAACUGGAAGCUCACUUUUCACGCCAGCGCAAGAUUCAUUGUCCACGCUUUCUGACGAAGGUACCGCGCAAACCCCACCUCCCUCGGGAGACUACUUUCCCACAAUCCCCGUUGCUUCGAAAAUCCCAGAAUGGAAAGGCCCUGAGGCGGACGUGGAGAUUGUGAAUGCUUAG